GUCGAACUACGAUGCUCGUCGUCGGUGGUGCGCCUUCCGUGUAACACGCGCGCGGUCCGCUGUGUGCUCCCCGUUUCUCGGCGUUUCCGGAGGAUGAGCAUUGGUCGCAAUGAAUCCCGGCGUUUCUUCGCAAAAUUAGCCAUCUCCUGCGCGCGACUUGUGCGACCCCGUGGUUUCCCGUCGAUUUUUGUUUAGGUCGAGUUUUCUAGAAGAGCAUGGCAAUUCGCAUCACACUUGAGUAUGGACACGCGUCGAUGGUACGUUCCCAUCUCACUCCCGAGGGCUACACGCACGACUGGGAGGUAUUUGUGCGUGGAGUGGACAAUGCAGAUAUUCAUCAGUACAUUGACAAAGUGGUGUUCCUCUUACAUGACUCAUUUAGGAAUCCUAAGAGAGUACUGAAGGAACCACCGUUUGUGGUAAAGGAAUCCGGCUAUGCUGGUUUUCUGAUACCGAUUGAAAUUUAUCUAAAAAAUAAGGAUGAACCCAAAAAAUUCCAGAUAUCAUAUGAUCUUGACCUGCAACAAAGCGGUCCACCUAUCAACAAUGUCUUACGUCAUAUGGAGGUGAUCAGUAAUCCCUCUGAAGAGUUUAGGAAGAAAUUAUUGAAAGGUGGAGGUGUUGUAGUAUCCACUAGAGACAGUUUGGUGGAGAAAAGCGACGUGAAAACAUCCGGAAUGAUCGGCAAACCAAAACUGAGCAGCGACUCGAGAAAACAUCGCAUUACUGAGUCCAAGACUUCCAACUCAUUCCAUGAGCUCUUUGGACCUCCCAUUAAAACAGCCAAGAUAUCGCCUGACAACAAAAAAGUGGUUCAACCAGAUAAGAAUUCAGUUCCUAAACCACUAAGUGUUACCGAGAAGUCUGAUAAAAUGGACAAAUUGAUAAAAAAGGACAAUCCCCACAAAGACAGUCGAAAGGACAAGGUUGAUGAGAAGAAAGAUAAAAAGGUUAGAGACAGCACCAAGGAUAAAGUCAAAAGCAAAGAUAAACCUAAGAAACCUACUAGUCCUGGUAAUAAAAGUCACUCAAGUCCUUCUAGCAAGAGACCGGCGUCUCCAGUCCUCACGAAGAAAUCGUCGAGUCCUCUUCCGACAUCUUUAAAACGACCACCAUCCCCGAAACCAAAAGAAAAGGAUCCGAAGAAGAUAGUAGCGGAUAAAGAAAAGGACAGUAAGGAGAAGGAUAAGGCGAAAAAUAACUCCAAGAACAUCAUCGAUUCCUCCAAAUCCGAAAAGAAGAAAGAUAAGAAGAAAGACAAGGAAGAUCGAGAUAAAGAGAAAAAAGAUAAAUAUAAGGAGACAGAGAAAGCUAACAUCAAAGACCUCUCCAAGAUCAUCGAGAAGAAGCCCGAGAAAACGGACAAGGUGGAAAAACCGGAAAAGGAGAAGCUCCAAGAGUAUAAGUCAUCCCGAGAUGGCAGGAGAUCUCCGAAGCCUGUCAAAGAGAACGACAAGGUGAGGGAUGACAAGGUGAUCAAAGUGGAUAAAUCGGAGAAAAGCGAGAGACCGGAGAAGCUGAAGGACGGCAAGAGUGACAAAGACCGGCAGAAACAUAAACAUAAAAAGAAAGACAAGAAGGACAAGAGGGACAGCAAUAAGGACAGAGAAAAGAAAGAGAAACGCGACAAAAGCAAGGAUGGCAACGAGAAACCAAACAACGUGUCUGCUACACCGCUUGGAAAUCCGUUGUCGACCCUGCUCGCGGAGAUUCCCGAGAGGGACAGUAGCGACUCGACGCCAUCGGUGGACGACGAUGCUAUGUCCGAGAGUAAGCCUUUGCUCGUCCCGAAGAAAGAGACUGAACAUGCGGUGAUGCCCACUAUACACGCAGAAGCGGCAAAGCCCUUAUCCCCCGGCAUGUCGAUGGAAGUGAAGAAAGAGAAGAGCGAUCGUAGCCGGAAGGAUAAAUCCAAGAGGAGCAGGAGUGAAGAGCGAGAGAGCCGAAAAAAGAAGAGGAGGAGCGAAAGCAAAGGCGACGACAAAGUGAAACGCGAGAAAAGCGAGCGUGACCAGUCGACCUCGCCGCCGUUAGAGCCGGUCUCCUCGAGCCAAUCUCCGGUUGUGAUUGACGUCGACCCUGUUCAUCACGCGGAAAAAGAGACGAGGAAGGAGCUGAAGAAGGAGAAGGACGACCGCGAAUCACAGACGAUCAAGGACGAAAAGAACAUGGAGGUCGAUGCCGAACAGGUGGCGCCAGACUCCACCAACACCUCGUUGGUGGACACUGAGCUUAGCGAGCCGCCAGUCUUCUCCGAGGACUACGUGUCGCAGCUGAAGGACUUGCAACAGAAAAUUAUGACGUUACAAGACAACCAGGAGCUGCAAAGGGUCGUACAGGUGAUCGCCGAGACCGGUCAAUAUGAGAUUACAAAGAAGACGUUUGACUUCGACUUGUGCGCGCUAGAUCGUAGAACUGUGCAACGUCUUCAACAGUUUUUUUCAGCAUCGUGACCAUCUGUAGUGUAAAACACGGU